CGGUCACAAAAUGUCCCCCUCAACAGUCGCAGGAAAUGUGGUUGCUCGUCGUAUUAUUUAACUUAGGUUUGUGGUAUCGCUCGGUCAAAUUAUUAUAAAUGGAUUCCGAGGUUUCUGAAAAUAAGUCGUCUCGCCCCUUGAGACGAUCGACGAGGUCAUCCGUUAAAGUAUUGAGUGUUGAGCCGACCGCUAGGGGUCCUCUCAAGAGAACCAAGAAGCGCCAAGCUCCUGUUGCAGCUGUAAAUGGUUCCAGAGAUAAGGAGAAUGACUCGGAGGAUGAAGAGUCCGCUCGCAAGAAAAGCCGACUGGAGGCUGGAGGAGCAGUGGACGGCGGUGGUGAUGAGAUUGAGAUGGAUGUCCAGGACUCAGCUGCAGACAUGGAGAACAGUCAAGACCACGAGAUGGAUAUGGAGAGGCAGGAUUCCUCCCAUGGCACUCAUCCACCCAAAAUAUGCCAAAGCGCCAUUGGAGAUUUGAAUGUAGUUCCUCGGCUAGUGCUCCCUGAAUGCCGCCGAUCUGGUGCAGUUGUAAAUGAAGAUGCAGACUGGAUUAAAACCAAGAGGGAAUCAAUCAAAGGACCUGCAGCCACCACCAAGUCUGCAGAACAAAUCAGAUCACAACCAAACAGACAUGAUGUGCCAGUCUCCAAGAUCCCCAGCAUGGCUGAGUACAAGAGAACGAUGGAGGCCAAAGCCAAAAGUGCUGCUCUACCCAGAGUUAACCGUGUUACCCCAACCGUGCAUCCAGCCUCAGAGAAAUCCUACACAACGCGACGUUUGAAUAGCAUUCCAAUUCAAAAAGAAGCCAUUCGGGCCAAGAAACAAGAAGGGAUAAAGAAAGCUGCUGUCAUCAAGACAAACUCUGGAUAUUCUUGUAGAGGAUUUAUGUGGCAUUUAUGGUGUUUGGUUCUCCUGGUGCUGCUCAGUUCUGCCGCCUUGCUGGCAUACAAUAAAACCCCUGUCCUCCAAAGGAUCAUAGAUCAUGGUCGUAAUUUAUCCAGGGCUGUGAGGCAAGGAAUUUUUGCAGAUCAGCUGUCUCUUCUUGAGGCUCGGUUUCCCAGUCAGCGGCCUGAGUUGUGGAAGAGGAGCAAGAUACACCUGGAGCAGCACCUUAAAACAGCCCAGCCCACAGCGCCAGUGAGUCUUAUCUUCACUGCUGGCCGCAGGGCUGAGAGGACGCUACACUGCUUGGCCCAGGGCCUGGCCUCCACCUUCUCAUCUGCCCUCAAUGCUUCCGUCCUGCACAUCGAUGGAGCCAGCAAAGCCAACCAGGACAGCGAUGAAGUGAAGCUGGACAUUGACACCCAGCUGAAGGCAGCCUUUGAAGGCGAUAAGCCUGUGGCCGUCAUUCAUCGCCUUGAAGAGCUGCCUCCAGGCUCUACCCUCAUUUUUUAUCGCUACUGUGACCACGAGAGUGCAGCAUACAAGCGGGUGUUUUUGCUGUUUACUGUGCUACUGCCUCAAGAUGAGAUCAGCAGUGAGAAGUGUCUGAAGGAUGUGGAGGAGAUGGUUCAAGACUAUGUUAUGGAAAGACUGGUAGGCUCCAAUAGCAAAACGUCCUUUAAUGAUAUGGACACUGACAAGUACGGUGGACUGUGGAGCCGCAUCUCCCACCUUAUCUUGCCUGUUGUGUCUGAAACAGAAGUAGAGCAGAAAGGAUGCUGAUGAACCAAGGUGGCAUCUCAGAAGGACUCAGGAUACUCCUUCUUGGUACUGUGCUGGAGCUAUGAAACAGAAGUAAAUUGGAAAUAUAACAUGCUGUGAUAUUUCACAUAUAGACUUGAUUUGAAAAUGUUUGAAAGUUGUAUUAAUCUCACUCUGGCAGAGAUGAGAUUGUAUUCAAGCUGAAGUCCAGUUUCUGUUUCAGUUUAACUGCUUACAAUGGUUUCUACACAGUUUUUAAAUAUGUGUACCUGUACAGCCUUUGUAGAAGGACAUAGAUAUGGUGUUAAACCAUCAUUCCACUUCCAAAGAAGGGCAUUCAAUUCACAUUCAAAUGCAGAUUGAACAUACAACAUAUACAAGACAGAGAUCACUUUGUUCAACUGCUUUUUAAUGGACAUUUCCAAACUAAGAAGUGUUUCUAGUGAAGGAUCAGCAGGGAUUGCACUGGUAAAACUUCUUUGGAAUUAACUGAAACUUGUUUCAUUUUCUGUGGAAAUUAGCAUUUCUUGUUGUGUAUCAAAAUCUCAGAGACAGUUCAUGGCUUGCUUUAUAUCUCUGUUUUAUGUCUCCAUGGAGAUGUUUGUCACUUCAUGUAAUUAUUUUGUGCACACAGUUGGAUUGGUUUUGCACUAAAAAUUUUAAUAAGAUAAAUGAUUUGUAUUCUUUGUUUUUUGUGAAUGUGUAUAUUUGUGACAUGUUGGAGUAUUUUUGACAGCUGUGUAUAUACAUAGGUUUGUGAUAUAUAUAUAUAUAUAUGCAUAUAUAUAUAUAACAACUCAAAAACACACAGACUCUCGUUAAGCGAUUUGAAUUUGUACAAAUAAUUUAACCGAAUAUCAUCGCAAAAUGUGCCUUAAACACAGAUGUGGAGAAAAUUAAACUCUGUUUGAGAAUCACAGAAACAUUCAUCAGUAAUUUGAUACUGUAUCUUGACAACGUCAGAACUCGAAUAACCUUUCUGGUACAUUUUUCUAAUUUGCUUUUGAUUAUAAAGUGUUCUUUCAUGAUAUCACUCAUUCCUCUAAUGUUGUUAUUCUGAGAUGAGUUUUGUGUUGCUCAUAUAAAGACCUGGAUAUUUUCAAUAAAGAUUAUUUUGAUACCUAGAAG